GCACUCGGGUGUCAUGGAUAGUUUGUCCUUUGCUUAGUUAGAAAGGAAGCAAGGAAAACCUGACAUCAGAGAGACUGAUUAGACAGCAUCUUUAGGAAAAUUACACUGGACUGGACGACGCUUACUGCAAACACAUAUGGACCCGGUGGAGAGGCGCCGUAUUUCUGGGUCCCGGUGGGCCUGAAAAGACAAAAGACGGUCCGGAAGAGGCUGCUCGCUCAUCCUCGCCAGCCGGUUCUGGUAAUGUGAUGGCUUUCCUGAGUCUCUACAUGAGGAGACAGCUUCCGCAAGCAGUCAGCUUCUUCGCCCGGGCAGCGAAGCUGGGCCGAGCCGCCUGCGGCGGAGCCCCGCUGAGGAGGCUCCACGGCUCCGGGCGGCAGCGGGUCGGGGACAAGGGGCCGUGGGGGAAGAACCAGCGGGCUCCGGAGCAGCCUCUGCACCAGUACCAGCUCACAGAGCUCGACAAGGCGGACGCUUUGAUGCUGAGAAAGUCACAUGAAACAGGGUUCCUGUCGUGGUUCAGGAAUGGCUUGCUGGCGACUGGGAUUGGAGUCAUUGCAUUUGUCCAGAGUGAAGUGGGACGCGAAGCAGGUUACGCCUUCUUCAUCCUGGGGGGCGUGUGCGUGUCGUUUGGCGGCGCCUCCUACGUUGGCAGCCUCUUCGCCUUGCGGAGGCUGAUGCUGCUGUCCGUGCCAGCGCUGCUGCUCCAGGGCACCGUGGUGGCCAGCGUCGCCCUCUUCUGGCUCUGCGCCGUAUCGCUGUACAUCGGCCGUCUGGAGGUGGAGAUCAUCCACGAGGACGAGGAGGAGGGCAGGGAGGACGAGGGGGAGUGCCGGGAGUGCCGCGAGAGGCGGGAGCAGCGAGGUUACAGAGGCUCUCAGGACAGCGAGGACAGUGGCAGCAAGGGCCAAAACAAGUAGAGAUCUUCCACGGAUGCUGUGGGUGUGUGUCACGGUCGUUGCUCUGAUUCAGGGUUUCUGUUAUUUGUAUCUAUAUACAAGACGCACAUUCACGUGCAGGCUGUUCGUGAGCUUAAACAUGCAACCCUGUUAUCUAUUAUAAGAGAAUAUUCAGGUGAAGAAAGACUUUUAACUUUUUUUUUUUUUUUGGAAAAUAGUUAAAGAUGCUGAAAAUUGUGAAAAUAUUGCUGAAUAAACAGCCAUUUUUCUAAAUCCUCAUCACUUUAUCUAAAAAAAAAAAAAUUUUUUUUUUAAUGCAUAUCUGGACAUGCUGAUCUUUUAGGUUUUGUGCCACUGUAUGCAGUCAGUCGCCUCUCAGCCAGCCGUUCUUUGGACGCUGUUUCUUAUCAACCUGUUCAAGGAUCAAUUGUGACUGAUCACUUCAAGUCUUCAAAAAAAAAAAACGUAUGCUGUUGGAGUUCAAAACAGAGUGUUUCUCUUUAAAAUAAUCAAACAAAACACACUGAGGGCUUAAGUUUUCCUUUUACAGUUUUUAUGUUUUAAAACUGCAAUUGCACUUUUGUUAAGCUUUGUUUUUUUUUUGUUUUUUUUCGUCACUAUAGUUGCUCUAAACUGUGCGGAAAACAGCUCUACAGCUUUUUCACAGCUCUUUCUGUGAUUGUGUAUUUUGUUCUGUAUUGUUUGAUAUUCGUGUACAGAUACCAAACUGUAUCCAAAAACCCUUUAGAGUGAACUUCACAUUUUCAGGUUAUCUGCAUAAGUUCUGUUUUCAUGGUUGUAAAGAGUGGAGGAUUCUAAUUAUACUGAAUUUGUAUGCUGAUAAUGGGGGUUUACUAUUGUUUACUUUCUGUGCACAACAGUGCGCACAGUAAUAAAAUCAGAGGAUAUCUAUACUGAG